AUGAAGUUAAAACUACUUCACUGGUUUGUUAUGUCACGGGGCUAUGAUGCGAUUCAAAGCUCUGACUUUGAGCGUGAUUUUCCCCUUGCUUUUUCUUUGGUUGUUCACCAGGAUGUGGCUCUUGUGGAGAGGUUACUAAGGGCCAUUUAUAUGCCGCAUAACAUAUACUGCAUACAUUAUGAUCUGAAGUCCUCAGAUGACUUUAUUUCAGCAAUGAAAGGUCUGGCCCGCUGCAUCCCCAACGUCUUCAUUGCCUCAAAGCUGGAGAGGGUGCAGUACGCAGGAAUCUCACGACUCAAAGCGGAUCUUAAUUGCCUGUCUGACCUCCUAGAUUCUGAGGUCAAAUGGAAGUAUGUAAUCAACCUCUGUGGUCAAGACUUUCCACUUCGGACAAAUGCUGAGCUGGUGUCGGAUCUAACAGAGCUGAAAGGCAGGAACAUGGUGGAGAGCAAGUGGCCAGGAGGAAAGACAGGUCGCUGGAGUGUUCAUUAUUUACUAAAAAGUAAUAAUUCAGAGUAUUAUGAGUCUCCUGUAAGCACUAGAGAGAUGAAAUCUCCACCUCCUCACAACAUAGAAAUGUUUGUGGGCAGCGCAUACUUCACACUUUCAAGAGAAUUUGUGUUUUUUGUUCACCAGAGUUUGCUAGCCAGGGAUUUCUUGGCUUGGUCUAAGGAUACAUACUCACCUGAUGAACAUUUCUGGGCAACUCUGAUUCGUGUGCCUGGAGUACCAGGGGAAGUGCCAAGAUCUGAUCCUGAGAUCUCAGAACUGAUAAGUAAAACCCGCCUGGUGAAGUGGUCAUAUCUAGAAAGGAUUCUUUAUCCACCAUGCACUGGAGCCAGUAUACGAUCUGUAUGUAUUUAUGGUGCUGCUGAGCUUAGAUGGCUGCUAAACUAUGGCCACUGGUUUGCUAAUAAAGUGGAUCCAAAAGUGGAUCCUGUUCUUAUGGAAUGUUUAGAAGAGAUACUUUCAGAAAAACAACUGAGGCCAAAACUUGGACUUUUUUUUUAA